GCGGCGCCCGUGAGGCCUGUCACCUGGCUGCCUGAGCAGUCCAUCCGUGCUGGCGGUGUGCCAGGCGGUGUAACCCAGGUGUAAAUAGAUAGGCCCAAUCUGGCUGCGGAGAGGACAGAUUGCAGGGGUGGGGGGCAGAGGGGGCAGGGAGCGCAGGAGGGGGUGCCUGCGCCAGUGUGUGUCAUCGUUGACGGGCCAGAACGGUCACCGUGGAUGUCCGAGAAGCGGUUGAAUUUUGGCCCCGGGUUCGAGAAGGGCCAAGGCAAAUUUGGGGUGUUGCAGGUGACAGGAGAAAGGGAGGGGUCCCGGAAUGCCUGGGGGCUUUGGUCCUUUGGAGUAUAAUCUGCCAGUUAUUUGACGGGCAAAACUGAGUUUCUUUGAGAACGAAAGAGCACCGCAGUCUGGAACAAGCAAGCUGAGGCUCAACGGUAGGCCAGUCUGCAGGACACGAGAGAGGUAGGCGUUUUUAAAGGGGAAGGGGCUAAGUUGGGAAGGCUGUUAAAAUCUACAAGUCCCUGAGAGUAAACUGGGAAUUGAAAGUAUAGUGGCUUCCGGUUGGCUGAGCUGUGGGUGAGGUGGUCCCGAAAGCCUGCCUUUUCCCGUCUGGGCUAGUAGAGGAGGUAGUUUCCCAGUCCCCAAGUUCAAGUGUGUGGUCCUGUGGGGUGUGCACUGAUCAUGGCGGUAGUGCGUGAGAGCUCCCCCAGCUGCGUCCUCCCGACUCCCUUUUAGUGAGGUUUCCCGUUAUUAAUUUUCAGCGGUCCUAGCAGCGGAAGGGGUGGACGCUCCCAUCAGCUGGACGGAAGGUGGCAGUAGGUUGAUUGUCCUUGGAGAUCUCCCAGGUUGCUUGGACGUCGUUAAGUCUUAGAUGUUCAGAGAGGCGUGAGUGACGUCAUCCAGUGGGCAGCGGGGCAGGAAAACCCGGGAAAGCGGGGCAGGUUUCAGGAUGGAAACUUUGAAAAGUGACGGCAGUUGUGUGGCCCCGGCGGAGGUUUGGAUCACAUUGAGGAGGGGGUGCAGACUAGGGGGGCAAUGCUAUUAGUAGGUCAGAGGGCCUUAGUGAGGUGUGCUGAAGAGUGGUUCCCUGGCUCAGCGCCUGGUUGGGGCUGCUGGGCAGUGCGGGCACAGGCGAAGGAGAGAGAAAGAUGUGGCAGGUGGAUGGGUGGGUAAGGCUUCCAUGGCAUGAUGGGACAAGAGAUGGCUGAGGACACCUAGGAGUAAUUGCGGCGAGGUGACAGGGAGUCGGGGCUGCCCUUUGUUCAGUGGUGUAGGGCUUCACCAGAACUUUGUGGUGCGCUUUUCUGGUGUCCGGGCCGUUUCACAGUCUUGCUGAUGGAUAAGGUGUGGGGCCAGUGUGGUCACUUGUGCGUCUCUGUGCCUGGCAGGGAGACCUUUAGGGCUGGGCUUUUCACAAAGGUUCAGUGCAGAGUGGAGGGUUGUGACUGUUGGAGGGACAGCACGGGCAGCACAGAAGUAUUAGAGGGACUGGGAGUAUCUGAAACGGCCACGUGGCUGUGGGUGUGUGUCCCUGAAGCCAGGAUCCCCGGCAGGCGAGGGGGACUCCUCGGCCGCAUUUGAGGCUUUCCCUGUGGUGGGAUGCAUGAGAGUGCUGGGGUUGUCGUGGAACCUGUUUGGAUUUGUCACACAUCCUUUGGGUGUCAUGUGACAGGUCCCAGUGUGAGUCAAGGGGCAUCCUUUGGUGUGGGGCAGGAAGCUGUGGGGGCGCAACUGUGGGGUCUGAAGGUGUGAGGGAGGUGCAGACUACAGGGUCAUGUUCACUUGGAGAGGGAGUGUGAGUGUGAUUGUGAGCUUAGGGUCUCAGGGCCCUGGGACUGGAGACUGACUGGUCGAGGUGGGUCCAUAAUUGUCUGUGUUUGAGGGCACAUUCGGGGAGACUCCACGGGAAUUUCCAGGCAGAAAGGAUGGCGCUUGGGGGGCCAAACCCAGAUUGGCCCCCGCAGAUUGCAUCUACGCACCCCCUGCCUGUUAUUGCUGAGGACCGAACACAGUGAUUGGUGGGAUGGUGAGGAGACGGUGGCAUUAAUGACACCAGGACCUGGUAUUUAUUCUGAGGGUGGUGUGACCUUUGAGGACAUUGCCAUCUACUUCUCCUGGAAGGAAUGGAGACUUCUUGAUGAGGCUCAGAGACGGCUGUACUAUGACGUGAUGCUGGAGAACUUUACACUUAUAUCCUCCCUGGGUUGCUGCUGUGGAGCAGAGGAUGCGGAGGCACCCCUUGAACAGAGCGUUUCUGUAGGUGUGUCACAGGCCGGCACACCCAAGGCAGAUCUGUCUUCCCGGAAGACCCACCCCUGUGAGAUGUGUGGUCCGGUCUUGAGAGACGUUUUCCGCUUGGCUGAGCACCAGGGAAAGCCAAGCAGCCAGAAACUGUUGAGGUGUGGGGCAUGUGGAAAACAAUUUUACUUCAGCGUAAACUUUCAUCAGCAGCCGGACCAGCAUACGGGAGAGAAACCAUUCAGAAAUAGUGUGGACACCCUCUGUUUUAUGAAGGGAUAUGGAUUCCAUGAUUCAGGAAAGCCCUUUACCUGUACAGAGGUUCAGAAGGACUUCCUGCCUGGCGUGGUUCGUCUGCAGCAGUACGCCAUUCAUACUGGAGAGAAGCCAAACACAAUCAUCCAGUGCAGGGAAACUUUACAGAGUAGUAAAGGUCAUUACACUUGGGGAAAAUGCAAGGAAGCCUUUGGUCCUGAGCAUACACCCGUUCAGGAUGAGAGUGUGCAGCCUGGACGACCGUGUUUUGUGUGCAGUGAAUGUGGGAAAACAUUCAGGUACAAAUCUUUAUUGACUAUCCACCAGAGAUUCCAUGCUGCAGAAGGACAUCAUGAGUUUGGCAAAGGUGAAAAAUCCAUUAGGAAAAGGUCUGUCCUUAGUCAAAAUGGAAAGGCUCACACUGGGUCCAGGCAGUACACGUGCAGCAAAUGUGGGAAAUCCGUAAGCCACAAAUCUGUGCUCAUUCAUCCCCAGAGAGGGCACAGUGGAGAAAAUGUUUAUGUUUGCAGUGGAUGUUCAAAAUCUUUUAGCCAUGGUUCAGUUUUAAUUACUCAGAAGGUUCAAUCUAGAGAAAGGCGUUAUAAGUGUGGUGACUGUACAAAAUGUUUUACCUCUAUCUCUGCUCUCAGAUAUCAUCAGAGAUCUCACACAGGGGAAAGACCUUAUCAGUGUAGGGAAUGUGGGAAGACUUAUAUCUCCAGUACUGGCCUCCGUUAUCAUCGCAGGGUUCACACUGGAGAAAGGCCUUAUGAGUGCAGUGAAUGUGGGAAAACUUUUACUGCUAGUUCUGUCCUCCAUUAUCAUAAGAGAAUUCACACUGUAGAAAGGCCUUAUAAGUGCCAUGAAUGUGGCAAAUCUUUUUUCUCUGCGUCUGACCUCCAUUAUCAUCACAGAGUUCACAGUGCAGAAAAGCCGUAUCAGUGCAAUGAAUGUGGCAAGUCCUUUCUCCGAAGAAACAGCCUCAAUGUACAUGUAAAGGUUCACUCAAGUGAAAGGCCUUAUAAGUGUAAUGAAUGUGGAAAAUCUUUGAAGUGGAAGGCAACGUUCAUUAAACACCAGAGAAUUCACACAGGAGAAAGACCUUACAGGUGCAGUGAAUGUGGUAAAUCUUUUACCGCUAGUUCUGCUCUCCAGUAUCAUCGGAGAGUUCAUACGGGAGAAAGGCCUUAUGAGUGCAGUGAAUGUGGGAAAUCUUUUAUCACUAGUUCUGUCCUCCAUGAACACCGGAGAGUUCACACUGGAGAAAGGCCUUAUGAGUGCAGGAAAUGUGGGACAUCUUUCUCCUCAACUUCUUCCCUCCGUCAUCACCAGAGAGUUCACAUUACAGAGAGGCCUUAUGAGUGUGGUGAAUGUGGCAAAUCUUUCCUCUCUGGGUCUGACCUCCAGUAUCACCAGAGAGUUCACACUGGAGAAAAGCCUUAUAAGUGCAGUGAAUGUGACAAGUCCUUUCUCCGAAGAAAUAGCUUCACUGAACACAUAAAAGUCCAUUCAGGUGAAAGGCCUUAUAAAUGUAAUGAAUGUGGGAAAUCUCUGAACUAUAAGUCGACAUUCAUUCAACACCAGAGAAUUCACACAGGAGAAAAGCCUUACCUAUGCAACGAAUGUGGAAUGUCUUUUAGUCAUAGUCGUGCCCUACGGUUUCAUCGUCAUUGUCACCUUGGAAGAAGUCCUUAUGAGUGUAGUCAGUGUGGGAAAUCUUUUACUUCUAAUUCUUCCUUCAUGUCACACCAGAGAAUUCACACUGGAGAAAAGCCUUAUGAGUGCAGUGAAUGUGGGAAGGCUUUCACUGCUCGUUCUCUCCUCUAUUCUCACCGGAUUGUUCACACGGAAGAAAGGCCUUAUGAAUGCAGUGAAUGUGGCAAGUCCUUUCCCCGAAGAACUACCCUCAAUGUACACAUAAAGGUUCACUCAGCUGAACGGCCUUAUAAGUGUAAUGAGUGUGGGAAAUCGUUGAAGUAUAGAUCCACAUUCAUAAAACACCAGAGAAUUCACACAGGAGAAAGGCCUUAUGAGUGCAGUGAAUGUGGGAAGGCUUUUAUCAGUCAUCCAGCUCUUAGUUAUCAUCGCAAGAGUGCACACAAGAGAAAGGCCUUAGGAGUGCCAUGAAUGUAGGAAGUCUUUCAACUAACUCUAAAAACGUACUCAACAUGAGAAACUAUACGGUAGAAAAUGUCUUGAUUCUUAACAUGAUGACCUGAAUGUUCAUGUUCACUAAAAUUUCUAUGUUGAAUACCCAUUCUGAAGGAAUGGUAUUUUUUUUAUUAACUUGUAUUUUUUAUUUUUUUUAAUUUACAUCCAAAUUAGCAUAUUGUGCAACAAUGAUUUCAGGAGUAGUCUGAUGGAAUAGUAUUAACAGGUGAUAUCUUUGGGAGGUAUUUCAGUUGAGAAUGGUCAGGUGUGUGGAACACUCAUGAGUGGGGUUAAUAUCUCUAAAGCAAGUUUCCUUCCCCUAUCAGUCAUGUGAGGACCCUUGAGAAAAUGAUCUAUAAAUCAGGAAACUGGUGGACCAGUCACAGAACCAGGCCAUAUGCGGAAUGGUAGGUCAGAUAUACAACCUCCACAACUGGGAAACUUCUUGUUUGUUUACAAGCCCCCUCCUUUGUGAUAUUUUGUUAGAGCAGCCUGAGCUGAGACAAAUGUGAAGAAUAUGGGUAAUCUUUUGACCAAAGAUAGUUUUGAAAUCUGAAUUCACCUUGGAGCAGAGCCUCAUGGGUGAGGUACAUGACCAUUCCUUUAGUCCAGUGUUCUGUCUUCAUUCCACGCUCAGAGGUCACACUGCAGAAAGACUAAACUAGCAGAGAAGGUGAUCUUUCCUUGCUUCAUGUAAUCACAGUGGAGGAGAACCGUUUGCAAGGCAGACACCUACCUGAGUUGAACUUUGUUCACCUGAAUGUCCAGAGGGGAGUGACUUCCAUAAUUUGAAGCUAUUUCAGAAAAAUACAGAAGCUGCGUUGUGCUUUUGCUGUGGUUGGAGUCAUUGCUCAAUUGAAAUCACUGCCGGUUUCUGUAGCAAAAGUCACUUCACCCCUGCCACUUGCCAGGUUCCCAUCAUGUGUAUCAGCCACCACCCACCGUGCUCAAGCAUGCUGACCUCUGCGCUUUGUCAUUGGCGACGGACAUUGUGGGUAAUUGGAACUCCUUGUUCCCUUCUAAGUCAGGACGUGGAUGUGACCCAGUGUUGACCCGCCUACCCGAACUGAGUUUGGGGUGGUGUCUUGCAGAGAGGCUGAGUCUCUUAGGACAUUGUUGGUCU